AUGCCGCCUUCGGUGCUUCUUUCUACUUCUUGUGAAAAGGACGUUAAUGCGAAGUCGCUCGUUGCGUACCUGAUUCGCUCGGUGCUGACGCCGAUCGCGACCAAAGCCGCUAAGGCGACGGACAGCGCCUCGGCGGCGUCGGAGCUGGCACGAUACUGCUGCCCACACACGGAGCUGCACUGCGGCCACGGCAGCAGCGUCGAUGUGUAUCUUGCUAUCCACAAUCGGCAUCGCAGCACCUUUCUGGAGCAUAGUGUGUACCUGUACAGUGCCGUUCUCGAGGUAUGCCCACAGCUCUCCAUUAGCAUAAUUCCUGUAAUAGGCCCAGCAAAAAAGGAAGAAAUGCACGUGUCUGGGACCUCAUCCCCUGUACUCUCACAACAGUAUCAGCAGCAGCGACAGUUCAGCGGACUGCAACGCAGCGCUGGUGAUUCUAUUGAGCUGUACGCCGAUGUGGCGGCAGUACUGCAAGAGUGGAAGUUGCUGGACAAGAGCUUCAUGCGAGACGCGGAGGGGUUCCAACCCCACUACACGUACGUCGCUGUCGGCGGCACCUUUGACCACUUCCACUCCGGUCACAAGGUGCUCCUUUCGACUGCCGCACUGUACACGAUGCAGAAGUUGCGUGUCGGCGUGACGGAUGCGUCGCUCUUGACAAAGAAGAGGUUUGCAGAGUCACUGCAGUCGAUGGAGGUGCGCAUGGAGCACGUGGCGCAGUUCUUGCACCACAUGCGGCCGGACCUGGAGCUGGAGCUGGCGCCAAUCUCAGAGGUAAGCGGGGGCACAAAGAGUAUCCCCGAGGUCGAGGCGCUGGUGGUGUCGCCGGAGACGGCGAAUUCGAUCGGCGUCAUCAAUGAGAUGCGCGCUGCAAAUGGCGGCUUGGCCCCGAUGGUAGGAAUUUCAAUUCCACAGGUGCGAUCGCCCACCGGCGAACUGAUCAGCUCCACCGCAUUACGGGAGCGCCAGAUUCGGAAGAUUUAA